AUGGAGGUGGACUGCGCCGACGAGCCGGCGCAGAUCGGGGCCGCGCACUUCGAGGAGUCCAUGAGGCACGCGCGGAGGAGCGUCAGCGACGCUGACAUCCGAAAGUACCAGGCGUUCGCGCAGACGCUGCAGCAGUCGAGGGGAUUCGGCAGCGAGUUCCGCUUCCCCAAGCGGACCCAGCAGGCGGCAGAAGCAGAGGCGGCGGCCAAUGCCGACGCCGAGGUGGAUGAUCUUUACAGCUGA